AUAAGAUUGUAACAAGUACCCGAAAUUAUUUUGUUAUAUGUAGGUAAGGUACCUACUAAAGCAAAUGUAUUCCGCUCGACCAAAGUGUCUGAAUUUUCAUUAUUAACCUUCUUCAUUUUCUAUUUGUUUCGUAUUUAUUUAUUAUCAUUAUUUUUUUUUGCUGAGAUACCUACGAGUAUAUUAUGCUAUAAAUAUCCGAAAAAUUGAAUGAGAAGAGAGCUCAUAGCGAUGAUGAUGUACCAGUUCAUUUUUUAUGUGCUUACUGUCAUUUCUUUUGAUUAUUAUUACGAAUCAUAUAUUGCUGCUGAGGCCGGUCUAUUUUUUUAUUUGACUGAUGUUAGGUGUUGAAGAUAUUGACAUAUCUUCCAGUAUCCUGCACGAGUUCAAAGAUUUGAUCCCCGACGAUACAAUCAGAGAAAAGGUGGUAUUAAAAUUCAAGGAGGAGAGGAAGAAGAAAAAAGAACUUGAAGAAAGAUUGUUUCCAUAUCUGUUCUUUUGUGCUGUUAAUACGGUUCAAGGAGACAUUGAUAAAAUGCUCAAUUCAUACAAAAUGUUUGAUCCUAGUCCAUACUUGACAAAAGAAGACAAUGAACUCAGCAGUAGAAUUCCACCAUUUCCCUGGUUAUUGAGAUAUCGAAUGGGUUAUCACGAUGGCUGCAUCAGUACAAUAGACUUAAGGAUUUCGGAGUAUCGCAAUUUCGUUUCUAGGCUCAUGUUUGACGAAGGCAAAUUCUUCGAAUCGUUAAGGCAAGCAAUAAAAUCCGAAUACGGCGAGACAAGUCUCAAAUUCUUCUACGGAAAUUUUGCUGCUACCAUUGUCAGAGAUUAUUCCUUGCUUUCCAUGGAUGAUUACAAGUCUUCGUUUAUUUUACAUAAAAUGAAGGAUUAUCCAUCCGAAAACUUUCAUAAACAGUUAACUCUGUCAUACAGAAAUUGGUUCAUGAACGACACUCACAUAAAACACAUAAAUAUGCUGCGCAAAGCGCACUUUGGCGAAGAUAUUCCUGAAAUUUUUGGAUUUCCGUUCACGAAUAGAGAGGACGAACAGGUUGUACUGCCAUUGUAUGAUGAAUGUGGGCGUGAAGAAGGCUUCACAUUACCAACCAUGAGAACUUAGGUACCUCUAUGUCUAUAUCUUACCUAAAAUCUGUGUAAAUGUUCAGUAAGCUUUUAUCUUAUUCGGAAGAAUUUAAAUACAAGAUUCAUUGUUA